UAAAAAUGUUGGCAAUUUGAAAACGCUUCGUAUUUACUGAGAAAAGUUUACAUUAAUACUUUUAGUAUAAGAUAAUAAAAUAAGGUAAACCGGGGAAUGGUGAAACUGUGACAGUACUACUUUAAAUAAUCAAUGGUAGACUCUUUCGGAUUGCAUAGGAUUAUUUUGAUCAAAUUUUUCCAUUUAGUAUAAUAUUUCUCCACAACAGGAUGGCAACACUGCCUGAGACUCUUCUCUCCGUUUCAACUUUCAACUCUGAAGUAACAGAAAGGUUUCAACUGGUGUCAACCAAGCGCGCUUCAUUUAGUUACUAAAUUUAGCGCAUUUACCCAUCAUGGUUUCAUCAUUCAAGAUAAUAUCCGAAUGAUUUAUUACCCUGAAAUCUGAGUGGCGAAUUUGAUUAAUUCCAGGUUUCCAUCCAGUAGAUAUAGGUGUCGUAGGAGCAAUUCUCGAAAAUAUGCCUUUGGGAGUUAAGCCAGAAUGUGUCAAGUGCCAAAAGACUGAGUCCUGCAUGUGGAAAAACACUCCGGAAGGUGAUAUAUGUGAUGAUUGUUACUCAUCAGAAAAAACCAACGGGAGCAUUAAAGGGGAAGAGAGUGCGGCUUCGUCUACUUCUAAGUCGCAAGAAAGUGGACCGAAAAUAGCUACGAGAAAGAGUGUGAGAAACACUAGGAAUUAUAAAACUAGAUUAAAUCCUUAUGCAUUGCCAAAACCUUUGGCACCUAAAGGCAAAGGAAGAAGAAUCAUUUUUAAGAAAACGUGCACUAAAGCUCCAUCAGCUGUUGCUACGCCCAUUACCAGUGAUUAUGUAUUUUAUAAGGGAAGCUAUUAUCAAGUUGGUGAUAUAGUAUCAAUGCGUGAUGUUGAAGGUGGGAUUUACUAUGCACAAAUCCGUGGCAUGCUGACUGAUCAAUAUUGUGAAAAAAGUUGUGUUGUUACCUGGUUAUUGCCUACUCAACUGAGUCCUCCUCCAGAGGAAGGGUUUGAUCCUUGUACAUAUAUUAUUGGCCCUGAAGAAGAUAUUCCACGAAAACUGGAUUGUAUGGAGUUCAUUAUGCAUGCACCAUCUGAUUAUUAUAAAGAUAGAAAUACACCUUAUCCCCCUGUGCAGUCUGCUGAAGAAGGGCCGUUUAUAUGGACAAGACUAACACGACAUUUUCGACCACCAUAAUGAGGUAAAUUAAAAAUUAGUGGUGCAUAUUUCCAUUGUACCUCUUUGAUUUGUAACACAGUAAUUUGGGAAUUAGAUUGUGAUUGAAUGUUCAAGUCCUCAAAAGUUACUGAGUCUUGUCCUUAAGCAGGGACAUUAUCUGGUCUGAAAAAACUUUAUCUUCCAAAAAUAAAACAAAAAAAAUUCAUGAAAUGUUAAAUGAUAUUUUUGUAUCAAUUGCUAGAUUUGUUUUCAAUACUUUAAGGAAAGCCUAUAUUUUUUUACUGGUGAAAUCCAUCAAUUGUCUCUGCACAUUUCUAUAAACCCUUUUUCUCAAAACCUAAAUUUGUAAGCAGAUUUCACAGAUAACUUCUGAAAUUAGUGCAUGGAUUUGUUUAAGAUUUUCAGGAAUUAUAAUGAGGGCCAAUUUCAAACUGUGUAGCUUCAUUAUUUUUUUUUUUGAUGACCUUUUAUGAUUGAAAAAAUUACUAAUAUGUGAUAUCCAAUUCUUAAUUAAAAUGGUUUAGAAUAUACUGUUUAUAUAAUUCUAGUUCAUGUUGUACCUUCAUUGCUCUACAGUUCCUACAUAAGAAAACUGGAAAAAAAAAAUAGAGACACAGAGAGAGAGAGAUACUCAUACACACACAUCCUUCAAACAAUUGUUAUCUCUUGAACAAUCCCAAAAUCUUGUGUAUAAAAUAUGGUAUGUUGUAAAAUAAGAAAUUACCAGCUGAGAUGCCUGCAGUGUCUUUGACAGAGGUCCUUGGUAGAGUUUGGUCCUAGGGUUCAAGUGAUGGUAGCAAAUUGUCGAUGCUACUUAACUAGCUAGAUUGAAUUCAGCUGCUGUCUGCUCUGAUCAGUUUUCUGUGGUUUUUCCUAUAAAUAUCAGGUGAAUGCUGGAGUCUUACGAAAGCAAAUGGGCAUGGAGCAUUAAGUUUUUAUUCCUCAUCCUUGUAGUCUUCUCUCUCCCGCAUGCACACACACUCAAAAGGGAGACAAGACAAGAGCUCGGAGCUUGUGUUUGAUGGGGUAGUGAUACCUUGCAGAGGAAACCCCAAGCCAACAUGUAGGUCAGCACUAGAUAUCACAUUCUAGCAGGAGAGGAACACUGCCGUCUCCUUGGAUAUAAUACAUGCAUUCAUUUACCAUGGGGCUAAUGAUUAAAGCAGUUGACACAACUGGAAAAUAAAAUAAUCAAUAAAGAUUAAAUAUUUAAAAAUCAUAUCUGUAUCUGUAUCACUUCAAGUAGAUCUUUCUCUUGUUUCCGGAAAUGUAACUAUAGAGAUUCCCAUACGUAGUGUGCAAUUCAGCAUAAUAUACAUGUACCUCCCUACACACUCCUGUUCUUAUUACGAGUUUUUGUGAACUUAAAAUUGUUUUGAUGUCAAGUCCCUUUUGGAUACUGUAACAAUUCUUUUCAAAAUAGAUGAGUUAUUCAUAACAUAGUUAAAGUUAGUCAUGCUUGUUGGUAAUAAACAAAUGUAAUUUGCCUGUUAAAAUGAGCUGUAUAGUAGUCUAUUUUGUGAAUGAAAAUUAAGGCUAAAUAACUAAUGAGAUUGUUGUCCAAUAUACAGGAUAUAUGAAAAAUGUCAUCAACAAGAGCAUUGAAGUGAUAGGUAUACUUAAUAAACAGACUAUUUCACAAGUCCAUAAUAUGAAUAUCACCUC